CAUCAUCGUCAUCGGUCAUUGUCCAACGCAGUGAAGUGAUUGCUUCUCGUGCGCUAAAGCGGAUUGCCGUCGAUUCCCAUUCCACGACGGCAGCUGGACUGGUCAUUCCUGUGUAGUGAUAGUGCGCUAUUAUUUCCAAAGCAAUGACCAUGUAAAAUGUGCUCAAUUAUCCUGCAGUAAGUACCAUCAAUAGCAACUUGAAUCAAUUAUUGCAACUGCGGACAGCGUAGUUUGUCGUCGAGUGCGAUCACCUUGAGACCAUGUCGGUCGCCAAUCGGAACGGUAGUGAGAUAAUUUACGUUGGCGAUAAAGGACUCAACCGGCAACAAAGGAACGCACCGAGCCCGGAUGACGACCGCAAGGAAGUUAAGAUCCUGUUUUUCGAUUUGACUUAUUACAACACGACGACCCAGUUUCUACUCUGCUGCGCUGGAGUGUUUGUCCUUUAUUUGCUCUAUGGAUACAUGCAGGAAUUGAUAUUCACGCUGGACGGAUUUAAACCUUAUGGAUGGUUCCUAACGUUGGUGCAGUUUGCUUACUACACAGUUUUCGGGUACAUUGAGCGAUCAAUGGAAGCGACGAAGAUUCCUCGCUGUAUCCCGAUGAAGACAUACGUGCUGUUGGCUUUCCUCACGCUCGGAACUAUGGGACUAUCGAAUUCCAGCCUCGGCUAUUUGAAUUACCCAACGCAGGUCAUAUUCAAAUGCUGCAAGUUGGUGCCGGUGCUGAUCGGAAGUAUUCUGAUCCAGGGCAAAAAGCAUGGGCCCUUGGAUUUUCUGGCAGCGAUUGCGAUGUGCCUCGGGUUGACCUUGUUCACACUGGCCGACUCGCAGGUUUCACCGAACUUCAACCCUUUCGGGGUGCUGCUAAUUUCGUUGGCCUUGCUCUGCGAUGCAGCGAUCGGGAACGUUCAGGAGAAGGCCAUGCGAGAACACAAAGCGCCGAACAAUGAGGUGGUGAUCUACUCGUACGGAAUCGGAUUUGUCUAUCUGAGCGUGAUCAUGUUGCUGACAGGGAAUCUGUUCACUGGAAUCGCUUUUUGCAUGAAGCAUCCCGUGGAAACGUAUGGCUAUGCGUUUUUGUUCAGCCUGUCCGGCUAUUUGGGAAUUCAAAUUGUUCUUACCUUGGUGCGGACUUGUGGCGCUCCUUUAGCGGCCACUGUCACGACUGCUCGCAAGGCGGUUACCAUUGCGCUUUCAUUUGUGUUCUUCAGCAAGCCAUUCACUAUCAAUUACUUAUGGUCUGGGCUGAUCGUGGUGCUAGGAAUCUAUCUUAAUGUCUAUAGUAAACGUAGCAAACUGACUUUCGGCGACAUUAAUCGGACAGCAGAGCGAGUUUAUCGUACGCUGGUGCCUCAAAGAGGUGGAUCGUCAAGUACCAAAAAAUUACUAUUAGAAGUUUAAGUUCAAUCUCCUAGGAUUUAUGAAAAUUUUAGCAAGUCUGACCGGUAGACCACUGCGUAAGUGUAUUAUAUUCGUACAAUUGAAGGCUAUAAUAUAUUGUAUUUAUUCCUUGAA